AUGCGUCUCUUACAUUAUAAUGAGACCAGCGACCUUGUCUGGACGGAGUUCAGCACAGCAAGCAUUCCUCAAUAUGCUAUUCUUUCGCAUACCUGGGGUGUUGGAGAGGUCAGCUUCGAGGACCUCUUAAACAACCGCGCCAAAGGAAAAGCAGGCUAUAGAAAGAUAUUGUUCUGUGGCGAACAAGCGGCUCGUGAUCAUUUACAAUACUUCUGGAUAGACACUUGUUGUAUUGAUAAGCGGAACUCCCACGAGCUCUCAAAGGCCAUUAACUCGAUGUUUCGCUGGUAUCAAAACGCCGUCAAAUGUUAUGUGUUCCUGCCAGACGUAUCUACUCCCAGUAUCGCAGCCAAUCCGAUCUUCGAGAUUACUGGAAUACCACUCGACGCCUUAGAUGGACGUCCUUUGAAUCAAUUUGGCGUCGAUGAACGUAUGACAUGGGCGGCUAAGCGUCGCACAACCGAAGAAGAAGACGAAGCGUACUGUCUGUUGGGAAUUUUUGGCGUAUUUAUACCUCUUAUAUAUGGGGAAGGUCAAAGAAAUGCAAUGAUUCGGUUGGAGGAAGAAAUUCGAAGGCAUUCCAAGUACUCGGCAAGCUCAGAAGAACCUACCAGUAAAGCUUGGGGAAAGACCCCUGAUCAGUAUCCUCAGAAUCAACCAAAGGACAAAUCCGAAAUUGAUAUUAAACCAUUAGAUGACUUAAACAUCUUAGUCUUAGGGGAGACUGGAGCUGGGAAGUCCACCUUCAUCAAUGCACUAGCCAAUUACGUGAAGUUUGAAACAAUGGCCGAUGCGAUGAAUGCAAACAAUUUAACAUGGCUGGCACCCUGUAGCUUCUCAACACCAAUCAUGAACACGUCUAGCCAGCAUGGAUUGAUUGAAGAGAGAUUUAUCCAUGUUGAUCAUGGUUCGGACAAAAAUGGCGGCUAUAGUGGUGCGUCAGUAACACAGAUAACCGUUGUAUAUCCUAUCACUGUUUCCUCUGGGUCUGGAACCUACACUACGCGGCUUUUUGAUACACCUGGUAUUGGAGAUACUCGUGGCGUGGAAUACGACAAAAGGAAUAUGGCCAACAUCAUCCAAACUGUCGGCAGAUAUGACAAGAUUCAUGGCAUUCUCAUACUUCUUAAAUCGAAUUCUGCCAGGCUAACGACUGCCUUCCAAUAUUGUAUCAAAGAGCUUCUUUCCUAUCUACCUCGAGUCGCUGCCUCAAACAUAAUCUUUGGAUUUACCCACACGAGAAGCUCGAACUAUACUCUGGGAGACACUUUCGGCCCUCUUAACAGAUUACUUGGCGAUAUUCCAAAUUCCGGACUCAGCUUGUCAAAAGAAAAAACCUAUUCCUUCGAUUCGGAAAGCUUCCGUUUCUUAGCAGCGGCGCGUAAGGGAGUGUGGCUCGCCUACCCUGCCGAAUAUGAACGGAGCUGGAAGCAUUCUCAGAACGAAGCUCUACGAAUGCUAAACUACCUCGGAAAAAUUCGUCCUCAUAAUACGCAAAGCACUUCAAUCUUUAAUAGAGCGCGCGGAUAUCAGCAGGGACUAGUGAAGCCGUUGAAGGAAAUAUUUCAGGUGAUUGCGAACAACUUCGACUUUUGUGAGAGCAAAAAAGCAGAUUUGAGCGAGAGAAGAGAAAAAUACCAUACGCUCCGCAAAGUGUCUCCUAUCCAGAAAACUGAGCUGGAAACUGAGCGCCUUGAUGAGCCUAGAACUGUUUGUACAGAUCGACGAUGUGUUGACUUUGAUGACAGCGGGAAGCAGACACGUAUCAUUUACAAAACUCAUUGUCAUUCGCCAUGUUAUCUCGAGAAUGUCGCGUCGGACAUGAUGGCACCUCCACAACUUGCAAGCUGCCCAGCAUUCGACUCUUCCGGAAAAUGCAAAAAGUGCUCCCAUCACUGGCAAGUGCACAUGCAUAUUAUGUACGAGCUUAACGAAAGAGUAGUGUUUGUAAAGGACCUUCAGGUCGAAAUGGAGAUAGAAAGAGUUACGAAUGAAAUGCAGCUCAUCAAGGCAGCCAUUUCAAACAUAAGCCUACUAAUUGAAGAAUAUUCGCAAGAGCGUGAUACAAUGCGACUGGCGGCCACAAAUUUGAGUUUGUUCCUCCGAAGAAACUCAAUUAUUCGAUAUAACGACAUCACAACUGCAUAUCUAGACUCUUCAAUCAAGGAUGAGGCUAGGGUUAUUCAGGAGGGAGGAUGUGAUAGAAAGCUGCUGAUACUGAAGGAAGACCUCGAACAACACACAAAGCAUAUCCAAUUCUUAAAUGCUUCGAUGAAUGAUAAUGCUGGCUCGGACGAUUUGUCGGAAGCAGGAGUUGAGAGCCUCAUGCAAGAAUUAUAUGGGUUGAAACACUUUGGGCGUAAUUUAAGGUUGGUUUUCAAAUAA